GACAGUUAUUAUUUUUAUCGCAUCAUCAGCAGGCUCUCGAUCUUGCACCAUCAGGCACCAAAACAAUACCAAGAGGGAAUGAUUCUCAAACAAAUUUCCAAUCGAAUAUUGAUCGUUCGCAGGCAAUUUAAAAGCUUCUUAAGUCAAAAUCAAAGAAAUCGCUGGUCAGAUUUCAUUGAAAAACGCAGGAUGGAAGCAAGUGCAAUCGCUCGAACUGAGCCGGUGAUUAUGAAGAUCGACACGCCGGAGUUUCGUUCAAUUUUUACCAAAGAGCUUGAGGAUUUAAUUGAGUUGUUUAAGCGACAUGAUUUUGAAAUCCGUGUGGCUGGAGGAGCUGUGAGAGACAUCCUAAUGGGAAAGUGUCCGAAAGACAUAGAUAUUGCGACGACAGCUACCCCAACCGAAAUGAAGGAUAUUUUUACCAAGGAAAAUAUUCGCAUGGUAAACAUGAAUGGGGAGAAACACGGAACCAUUACCCCGAGGAUAAAUGACAAGGAAAAUUUUGAAAUAACUACGCUCAGAAUCGACGCCAUAACGGAUGGGCGACAUGCAGAGGUGGUUCACACUACGGAUUGGCUUUUGGAUGCCAACCGGCGGGAUUUGACUAUUAAUUCUAUGUUCUUGGGUUUCGACGGAAAAGUGUACGAUUAUUUCUAUGGCUACGAUGAUCUCCAAAAGCGCCGCAUUGCAUUUGUUGGUGAUCCAGACCUACGAAUUAGGGAGGAUUUUCUUCGCAUUUUGAGAUAUUUUCGAUUCUAUGGAAGGAUAGCGGAUGUGGAGAAUAAUCAUGAUGACGAAACCCUUCGCAUCAUCACCAAGAAUGGGUCUGGACUUGCAAAAAUAAGCGGCGAGAGAAUCUGGCAAGAAUGGAAAAAGAUUAUAGUAGGGAACUUUGGUUGCGAUUUAACAAUCAAAAUGAUAAACUGUGGAUUGGCUUCUUACAUAGGUCUACCAGAAGAGCCAAACAAGGAAGAAUUCGAAGCUGUAUUCAAACAAGCGCAAUCCGUUCAAGCAGGAGAUAUACAACCAAUUACAGUGCUUUCUGCUUUACUGAAGACCCCAGAUGAUGCUAUCGAGCUUAAUUUACGACUAAAAUUUACUGUUUUCGAGAGAGAGUUGUCGUAUUUUAUUACGCAAAACAGGGACGAAUUCAAACAGGUUAACGACCUUGUCGCAUAUCAACAGCUGACUUUGCAUACGAUAGGAAGCGCCAAACUGAGGAAGGAGCACGUUCUAGAACUGUUGCGGUACCAUGGUAAACGGGAUCUCUACUAUCAGCUAAAGGACUGGCAGAUUCCCUUCUUUCCACUCAAAGGCAACUUACUGAUCGAAAAGGGUGCUCCGAAAGGUCCCAAACUAGGUCAAGUAAUCACUGAGUUGAAAAUGAUAUGGGCUGCAAAUCAGUUUACUAUGAGUGAAUCGGAACUGCUGGAGCAUUUGCCGGCUGUGCUAGAGAAGCUAACAAUUGUCAAAAAGAACUGAUAAACGAAGUACAUACAAGGCAAAAUGUCAGUUGAAUGGAACUGAUUUACAUAAUAUUGAA